CACUGCCUCUCUUUCUGUAAGCGAUGGACGGCAGCGGCAAGAUGGCAGAUAAAACAGACGUGGAGGAGACAGAAACGCCUUUUGAACGUUACGUUGAGUCGUUGCGUUCUCAUGUGGAACACCAAGAUCCUGUUUUCGUGAUCGGAGUGAUCGUGGCUUUGGCGGCUGUUAUUGUCACCUGUGUUUUUCUAAAGUAUUUUAUCACCAGCAAGUCUGUCAGGAGUGCUGUGCUGUUGGUCGGUCUGUGUGACGCUGGGAAAACGCUUCUUUUCAUCAGGCUGCUGUCAGGAAAGUUCAAGCAGACACAGACCUCCAUCGCUGACAACAGUGCUCCAUACAAAGCCAAAAAUGACAGGGGCAGCACCUGGACUCUGAUAGACCUGCCGGGACAUGACAGUCUUCGGCCUCAGUAUGUGGAGAAGUUCAAGUCUGCAGCCAGAGCCAUCGUGUUUGUAGUGGACAGUGCUAUCUUCCAGAAGGAAGUGAGAGAUGUAGCAGAGUUUCUGUACGUCUUGUUGACUGACACUGUAAUCUGCAGGAAUGCGCCAAUGCUAGUGGUGGCAUGCAACAAACAAGAUAUCACCAUGGCAAAAUCAGCUAAACUCAUUCAGCAGCAGCUGGAAAAGGAAUUGAGCACUUUGCGAGUGACUCGUUCUGCAGCGCUGAGCUCUCAGGAUGGCUCUGUGGGUGGCAGUGUGUAUCUGGGAAAGAAAGGAAAGGACUUUGAGUUCACCCAGCUUCCCAUGAAAGUGAAGUUUGUGGAGUGCAGCGCUCAUGACAGCAAAGGCGAGGAUGGCGAUGCUGACAUUUCAAGCCUGGAGAAGAGCCUGGCUAAACUGUGAAUGUACCGAUCUACACCUACUGUGCAGGAGGUGGAAAAAGUAUCUGGAUGGGUUGUCUGCAGGCUUUUUUUUUUUCCCCCCCAGUUGUCCAACUGUGCCCACUCAACAAAAUGAAAAAGGACAUGAAAAGUGGAAGUUUUCAGAUGUUCAAUCAAAAAUACCAAAAUAAACUGUGACGUGUACGUGAAAACAGGAAAUGCUGUUGCAGUUGUUAAGUGUCUUUAAAAAUAAGUGAUUUUUGGCUUUAUGAGAUAAAGGUGUGGCUCGAGCCUCUUGGUAAAUUAUUUUUGAGUUGAAGAAAAAGAAUUAAAGGUUAAUUUUUUAAUUGGCA